AUGAAGCCCAAUCCGAAGUUGUUUGAGUGGAAGUCUGUGGGCUACUAUGCCGUGCCAUCAGUGGCCGCGCAGUUGAAGAACUGCGACCCAACCACCUUUUUGUGCAACGAAACGCAGAAGCAGCAGUACAUGAAGAAUAAUGCCAGCUUGACUGAGAAUGAUUGGCGCAAGAUCAUGGUUGGUUACUUGCAGGUUCCUUUGAGCUAUGAUCACACCAAGAAGUCUUCAUUGAUCAAUCUAGAUCUUCGCGUUUCUGUUUGGAUUGGCUUGAAAGGACCAGAUGCUCCCCUGGUGCUGCAACACCAGGGGGGGGCCUCGAACCGCUGA